AUGUCUACCCCUUUCUUGAACUUUGACGGGACUCCUCUUAGUGAUCCCGUUAUCGGCUAUGGUGGAACCGGAGUCGUUGUUCAACAGGAUGGCAUCGCAGUUAAGAUUCCAUUAAGGUAUAUCAGUGAUAGUAACAUUGAUGCCCAAGCGAACCUGAAAGUCAUCAGGCAUGAAAUAAGUGUGUAUCAACGGCUACAGGGUUGUGAUGGUGUUGCAUGUUGUUUUGACUUCCUUGGUGAUUGUAUUCGAAUGGAGUUGAUGGAAAACGGAGAUCUUGCUGCAUAUAUAAAGAAACGACGCCCACCUCGAUCGGAUCAGCUCUCAUGGUUUCGGCAAAUGGCUCAUGGCCUUGCCCACAUACACGACCGCUGCGUUGUAGUAGCAGAUAUUGCUACAAAGAACCUUCUUCUCAGCGCCGACCUCUCCAUAAGAUUCUGUGACUUCUCCGAGUCCUCUAUUCUGCCCCUCAAUACUGAUAUGGAGCGCGUCGAUGAGCGUGGCUACUCGAUUUACACAGACAUGGGCCAACUGGGUGCAGUGAUGUAUGAGGUUGUAACUGGGUACCCUUGCGAAUUUGAUCUAUUUAGGGAUCAACCGUCAGGGCCCGCCUGCGCCGCCUGGCCACGACGGGAUAUUUUACCUUCCACCCAGAAUGUCUGGCUUGGUUCCAUCAUUGAAAGGUGUUGGGUUAAGAAUGCAUUCCAGAACGCGAGAAGUCUGCUGGCUGUGCUGGAAGCGGUUACUCUGGAUUGUCCACUUGAACAUGAAAGGAGCUCCAUGAACAUUUAG